ACCGUUCUAAUUAUUGAUAGAAGGAUAAUAAUUAGAUACUGUCAUUCUCAUGAAUAAAUAUAUCAAUGAAACAAAUGUACACGUGGAUAUUGAGUACUAUAUAAAAAAAGUAUUUUAAGCUUACAUAAGAAUCGCAAUUGAUAGAUUUAAGCUACGCUUGCGCGGAACUGCAGUUAAAGAGCAGUUGAGAAGGUUGAGAAUACGAGAGAACCGUGGAAAAGUGAUAUAAUUGAAAAUAUUUUUGAAACUUCAAAAUGACAUCCUUGAAAGUAAUGCAACCAGGUCUGAGAUUAUUUCAAAGUCUACCGAGGACUCUAAAUGUUCCGUUAAGUCGAUCGAAAUACUAUUCUAUUCACAAGGAGGAUACAGAUUCAUUUUCAGACGUUGCAGUAAACAGAUCAUUUCUGUUGGAAAUUAUCCGGGCCAUUGGAAUUACACUAUCCCAAUUCCUUCGCGAACCAGCAACAAUUAACUAUCCGUUUGAGAAAGGUCCUUUAAGCCCACGGUUCAGAGGAGAGCAUGCAUUAAGAAGGUAUCCUUCAGGCGAAGAAAGAUGUAUUGCAUGUAAAUUAUGUGAAGCUAUUUGCCCAGCUCAAGCGAUCACGAUUGAAGCUGAAGAAAGAUCUGAUGGAUCUCGUCGAACAACGAGAUACGACAUAGACAUGACGAAAUGCAUAUACUGUGGAUUUUGUCAAGAAGCUUGCCCAGUGGACGCAAUCGUGGAGGGUCCAAACUUUGAAUUCUCGACAGAAACACACGAAGAAUUAUUGUAUAACAAAGAGAAAUUGUUAAAUAAUGGAGACAAGUGGGAGUCGGAGAUUGCUAGCAAUAUCCAUGCAGAUCAUUUAUACCGUUAAAGUUAGUAAACUGUGAGAUGUAGUAAAACAAUGCUUUAAUAAACGAUGUCACUGUCCCUCGAGUUUUCUUAAAAGAACGGCACAUCGAUCAACUGUUUAUAAAAUUUAUUGUUCAUAGAAACAAGGUAAACGUUUAAUAUCAUUUUUAUAAAUCUAGAUUAUACUUGUAUAAAGUGGAAACAGUUCGUUACAAAUGAAAAUUGUUUAUUUGAUAUUUAAUUAAUAAUAAUGUUAAGAUCAAUAAUGACAACAGCAACAACAAUAGCGGUAUUUCGAUAGUGUUAUCUUCGCAACUAUAUAGGUAUUUAUCACACCAAACUCAUUUGUAGUGAGUAAUAAAUAGUAUAUAAACGGACUUGCUUUGUUUUCUCAGUUACUGAGACAAAUUGAAGCAACGAUGUAAAAAGAUGGUAAUGUAAUAAAGUUUUAGAGCUUUCAGACACACGA